UGCCAGCCUCUUAGAUGAGAAAGCUGUUACGUUGGGUUCUCAGUAAAGCAGAGGCACGGAUUGGCUGCGGAGAUCCAGAGAAGACCACAAAGGCUGGUGGUACGGAUAGAAGGCAGUUUAGGUGAAUGGGGUGGGGGGUGUUGUACGGUGCACACAAGGAGGGGCGCUGGAUGCAGUGCCAGGCGCCGGUCCCGCUCAGGACCACAACCCAAGGGGAGCACUAUGCGGCUCUGACAGCUGCCAAUCGAGCGCUAUGGGCAGGAAUCAGGGCGCAUGGAGGCGGCAGGUCGGCAGAGCCCGCUCCACCAAGGCUCCUCCGGCGGGCUGUCAGCCCCUUCCAGUGUGGAUGAGGUUGUAUUUCUAUGGCAUGCACGGCCUGACCCUGGAUGUGCUGAGCUCAUGUCUCCGCCGUCUCCCGACCACCAACGACUACAGCCUGCUGGGCUUCUCGUCCCCCUACCGCUGUCUACUGCACUCCCUGGUCCACCUGGCCCUGGAGAAGAUCUACCUGCAGAAGAAGAGCUUCCCGGAGAACGGCUUGGCGUUCCACUUCGUCUUCUACCCGUCCGUGUUCGUGGGCCUGCAGAUCCUUCUCCGGAAGACACUGCUGCAGUGCUGCCCCCAUGAGCGGCCCCUGGGUGCUACGGAGCUGGCACUGCUCUACGGACUGGCCAUCUAUUACUCCCAAGGAUUCCUGCCCACCUUCCUACGGCUACACUAUACGGACUGUGCCAAUGCCCCUCGACUGCCCCUUCUCCUACGCUUCAUCUUCUACGGUAUGCAUGGCUUCCUGGACGAGGUCUUUUUCACCUCCAUCUUCAAUGUGAUGGAGAAUGCGGGCAAAGCCCUGAGCGGGCACACGUCCCUGUGGUCCUUCUUCAUGUAUGGUAGUUGUAGCCUGGUGGUGGAGAAGCUCUACUUCUACCUGGGUUCCACCAGAGGAUGGGGCACCUGGAGGAGGCUGCCAGUCUACAUUGGCUUUGUUUACACUUGGGAGUUCUGCUGGGGCUUAGGACUGAGGACAUUGGACGCCUGCUCCUGGGAUUACUCACACUACCCUCUCAAUUUCAUGGGACUGGUCACCCUCAUGUACCUACCGGGCUGGCUAUUCCUCAGCUUCUUCCAGGACCUGCUGUCCAAGGUGCUGAUGAGGAUACGCUAUGUGUAGUAGGGGUGUGCUGGGGGGGAUGUGCUGGGGGUUCUCAAGACAUCACCAUGAAGAACAAUUCUUGGCUGAAGCCAAUGCUAAACACAACAACCUUAUCACAUCUCCAUAUAAAACAUUUCAUUGUAUUAUUGGUAGCAGAUCUCCUGCUGAAUGAAUGCCACUUCAGUGUCCCUUCCAAGCAGCAAAGAAUUGUGUACAGGUCACCUGCUGAAUGGAUGUGACUUCGGUGUCCCUUCCAAGCAGCAGAGGACUGUGAACACACCACCUGCUGAAUGGAUGUGACUGUGUCCCUUCCGAGCAGCAGAGGAUUGUGAACCGGUCACCUGCUGAAUGGAUGUGGAUUUUGUGUCUCUUCCAAACAGUAGAGGAUUGUGUACAGGUCAUCUGCUGAAUGGAUUUGGCUUCUGUGUCUCUUCCAAGCAGUAGAGGAUUGUGUACAGGUCAGCUGCUGAAUGGAUUUGGCUUCUGUGUCUCUUCCAAGCAGUAGAGGAUUGUGUACAGGUCAGCUGCUGAAUGGAUUUGGCUUCUGUGUCUCUUCCAAGCAGUAGACGAUUGUGUACCGGUCAGAUGCUGAAUGGAUGUGACUUUUGUGUCACCUCUAAGCAGCAGAGGAUUGUGAACAGUUCACCUGCUGAAUGGAUUUAAUUUCUGUGUCCCUUCCAAGCAGUAGAGGAUUGUGUACCGGUCAGAUGCUGGAUAGAUGUGACUUCUGUGUCCCUUCCAAGCAGUAGAGGAUUGUGUACCGGUCAGAUGCUGAAUGGAUAUGACUUUUGUGUCCCUUCUAAGCAGCAGAGGAUUGUGAACAGGUCGCCUACUGAAUGGAUGUGGCUUCUGUGUCUCUUCCAAGCAGUAGAGGAUUGUGUAGAGGUCACCUUCUGAAUGGAUGUGGCUUCUGUGUCUCUUCCAAGCAGUAGAGGAUUGUGUACAGGUCACCUUCUGAAUGGAUGUGGCUUCUGUGUCUCUUCCAAGCAGUAGAGGAUUGUGUACAGGUCACCUUCUGAAUGGAUGUGACUUCUGUGUCUCUUCUAAGCAGCAGAGGAUUGUGAACAGGUCACCUACUGAAUGGAUGUGGCUUCUGUGUCUCUUCCAAGCAGUAGAGCAUUGUGUACAGGUCAGAUGCUGAAUGGAUGUCAUUUCUGUGUCCCUUCCAAGCAGUAAAGGAUUGUGUACAGGUCAGCUGCUGAAUGGAUGUGACUUCUGUGUCUCUUCUAAGCAGCAGAGGAUUGUGAACAGGUCACCUACUGAAUGGAUGUGGCUUCUGUGUCUCUUCCAAGCAGUAGAGCAUUGUGUACAGGUCAGCUGCUGAAUGGAUGUCAUUUCUGUGUCUCUUCCAAGCAGCAGAGGAUUGUGUACCGGUCAGCUGCUGAAUGGAUGUGACUUCCUGCAUCUUGUACCAGACCCAGGUUAGGUCUAUGGGCAGGCGGAUUUAAUGGAUGUGAGUCUGACCCAUCACCUUUAUGCCUAGUACACACGAUGAGAAAAUCAGAUGAAAAUGAUUCUUUUGUUCCGAUAAUCUGAUCGUUAGUACGAAAUUAUCCAAAGGGACAAGCACAAAAAUUCUCGUAUGAUACCACAAUG